UAAAUGGUACAUAACCACGCCUCCUCAACCGUUUGUGUUUAAUUCACAAAAUUCAAUUUUUGUUAUUAUCAAGUUUUACAGCAUUCUUAUUCAAUUUGACUUGUAUUUAGUUUAUUUCUUAUCUUUUUAUUGUAUUUGCUAUAAACAUGGCAGAGUUAAAUAAUUUUGUGAAUGAAAUCAGUACUCGACAUGAAAAAAGCUUGGGACUUUUGACUACAAGAUUUGUAUCUCUUUUACAAGACGCUAAAGAUGGUCUUCUAGAUUUAAAAAUGGCAGCUGAUAUCUUAGCUGUCCGUCAGAAACGGCGAAUCUAUGAUAUAACCAACGUAUUGGAAGGAAUUGGAUUAAUUGAGAAGAAAUCCAAAAAUUCAAUUCAAUGGCUCGGUGCUGGACCUGGUUGUAACACUCGAGAAAAAACUGAAGAGCUUUUAAAACUGAAAGAAGAGUUGAUAGAUCUAGAAAAUACAGAAAUGGAGAUUGACCAGCAUUUUUCUUGGGCUAAACAGUCUAUUUUAAACAUCCUUGAUGAAAAAAAUAACAAAGUUAAUUUAUGGGUUGAACAUAAAGAUUUAUGUAACUCCUUUCCUGAUGACACACUUCUUUCAAUUCGAGGACCUGCCGGUUUACAAGUAGAAGUACAUCUUCCCGAAUCAAAGUUGGUUGAACCUUCGGCAAAAAAGACCAGACUACAUUUAAAAUCCAGAAACGGACCGAUUGAAGUUUCUUUGGUAAAUCUGUAUCCGGAAACAAAUGAACCAAAUGUACAAUCAAUGUCAGUUGACGACUCUGCCAAUUUACUUCUUCCAUCUACAUCCAAAACCGAUGCAUCAGAAGAUAAAUCAAAUGAAAAGCCAAAUACAGAUUUAGAUGAUCUAGAUAUCGAUUUAGAGGAGCAUGAAGAUUAUUCUGAUCAAGAGGAGCAAGAGGACGAGAACGAAGAUAUUGGAGGUAAAGCAGAGGAUAAAGAUGAAGCUAUGGAAGAAGAUGAUUCAGAUGACAACAAUAAAUCAAAAGUAACAUCAGCUCAACCUACAAGACAAUUAUCUCCCCGUAAAGCUGCUCAACGCCACCUUUUCAUUCAAUCACGACACCAUGAUAAUGUUAAAAAUAAGAAAAAUAGUAUUAAUAAAACGGAGGCAUCUCCAAAAGAACGACCAACAGUAAGAGGCCGUGGUAAAGACAAGGACAAAGUUUCAUCUGAAAGUACAGUUCCAGCGUCAAUAUCUAAAGCAAAAGAUGAUGUUUCUAAAGAGGAAGAAAAUGAAAAAGAAGUUCCAGAAAAAACAAGAACGCGAAGUCGAGGCAGAAUUUCAACCUUAAAUCAACAAAAUAGCGAAGCUAGAAGCCAAGAUACUGAAAAUCAUCCAGUUAAUAACCGAGUGAACAGUCGUGUCAAUAAUCAACCCAAAACUCCUUUAGAAUACCAUGAAAUCAUUGCAGAUGUAUUACAACCUCUUGUAAAAUUGAGUCCGCCGCCAUCAGGACGUGAUUAUUGCUUUAACUUGGAUAAAAGUGAAGGUUUAGUUGAUUUAUUCGAAAUCAAAGAUUAGUUGUUGUAAUGAUGAAAUUUAGAAAUAUCGUUUAUAUUAGCCAACUAAAAAAGCCUGAUAAACAUUCAAGAUUACACUUGACACCUUAAAUUUAAAUACAUAAGCAUACCUCAUGCACAUCCAUUUAUAAAUAUAACAUUUGUAUAAUCAAGCACCAACAAAGCAAAAAGCUGACAUCAAUUUGAGCUAUCUCUAUGUACAUGCCUAAUAUAUAUUUAAAUACAAAGAAAAUGUUGAAAACUGA